AGCCAGGAAAUAAAGGCGGAAAGGUGAAAAUAAAGCGGCGUGAGAGGAGGUUGGAUCAGCUGUUUCACCACAACAGAGGCGGCGACCGGGGAAAGGAUGAGACAACGGAUUCCUACUCAUUUUUGCCAAUAAUGUCAAGUACCGGGCAUUCCACGAGGGUUCCCGGUCUCCGCCAGCAGGGUAGACAUCAUCUCUUGCAGAAACUUCACUUUAGAGAACUGUAUGGGGAAACUAGACAGACUCGCUCCCGCCCCAGGCAGCGACUAUUUUACCAGUUGCCCCAUCGGUUGGCAUUCUCUUUGGCUCAGGUGGCUCCCACAUCCGCACUAGCAGCAGGGCACAUAUUUUUAGGGUUCACAAAAUGCGGUCAGUUUGUCCUUUCAUACACUCAUUCUUGUGACACAGAUGAUCACACACUGCAAAUGAUACACAGGUACAGGCUCCACUGGUGGGUGUUUGUACCUUAUGCUCCAUUGAGGAAAGUAGCAGAGGUAAUGCUCUUUGGUGACCAGGACCUCCAGGAGAGUGUUUAUGAGAACAUAUUCAUCUCUGUAUGUCAGUGGCCAAAGGACCUCUCCAAAAUUCUUGUGUAUGGCUGCAGUAUGAUUGAAGGUCUUGACGGCAAUUCUUCACAAACUCGUCGGUGCUAUAUCACUAUUACAGCUGUCCCAUCCCUUGAUAAUUGUUCAGCUUGCUACCAAGUGGCUACAUCAUAUGAAGAAGAUGAUUUAGCAGAGCGGUGGAACAGCUGUGCACGAUUCAGCUGCUUACAACAUGGGAUCACAGUGCACACCAGCUUUGAGAUGGUGCCUCCUUUCCCAAGAUUCCUCCCAAAUGUACAAAUGAAGCGGGAGGGCUUUGUGGUGCUUAAUGCUGGCAAUUUUAUCCAUGUGCUGAAUGUUAACCUUGAAAACAUGGACAGAAAAAUGAAGGAAGUAGAGACAGAAAUAUUAGGUAUGAGAAUCAGUGAGAUAAGUUCUGAAGAGAGAGAUGAGGAGGAGGAGAGUGAUGAUGAGAGAGAGCAAGGGAAAGUUAAAGAAAAUAGGGCCUCUUCAGGUAAGCAGUACUGUGGAUCAAGCCUCAGAUCAGGCAAAGAGUUCAGUGUGAUGGACAGCUCAAGCAGUGAUGUUGACCUGGAGGCAGAUGGCCGGAGUAGUUGUGAGGAGGAAGAAGGAACUCACAAUGAAAAGGAUCCAAGCAGUAUUGAGUCUAGUACAAGUAGUCUGAAAGUUACAUUGAACACUGGGGGUAUGUGUGGGUGCAGUAGUUCAAUGAGUGAUAAAGACAGAGAAUGGGAAAUUCUGAUUGGAAGUGUAGCACCAAGAAAUGAUGAGAGGGCAAGAACUGAGGGUUGUAAUAACAUUCAUAGGAUGUGUGAAAAUUAUCCAAGGGGCAGUACCAUGGAAGGUCAGGGUAUGUCUCAUAGACUUGACAUCAAUGACUGUGAUAAAAGUCCUGGCAGUUGUUUAGAUCAAGAUGAUGGUGCCACAGCUGUCCAGGGCAUCGUUCGUAAUCUCUCGCUCAAAGAUUUUCAAUUGCCUGAUGAUUCUCCAUACCAUUUUUAUGGAGAAAGUGACACUUUUAAUGAUAACGACUCAGACGACUCAACCAGGUGCUCGCACAUAAGUGAAGAUUCUCGCCUGGGCCGCUCAGAUCUCAGGGACACAGUGAGCAUUAGUGAUAGGUGUAAGAAUGGAUCAAAUUGCUGUGGAAAUAAUAUAAAGGCCGAUGAUUGUGCCUUUAAUACUCAACAACAGGGUAGAAUGGUACUUAGAAGUUCAAGUGAAAGUUCCUAUGGGGAGAAGACACCAGUGAAACUCGCAGAAAAAGAAUAUGAAUUCAUAGAUGAAAUUACAGACUCCCGACAUGAAAAACUUAGUGUGUUCAGGCGAAGGCGACUGGCUGACAAGAAAUACGAAUUUUCAGAUGAGAACAUAGAGAAUGUUCCUCAAAAGUACAGCAGUUUCAGAAACCAGAGUCGGAGAUUGAUCAUGAGUCCCUCUCGGUCACCACGGUUCCGCUCAAUGGGUGUGCCAUUAUCUGAAUUAUCCAUAGAGCUGGGUGAGUCAUCCGGCUUCAUAAGAUCCAUGUACGAAAAGCUUCUAAGUCCAACCUCGGGUAGUGGCUCUCCCAGCGAUGUACUCAGACCCAUCAACCAGAAUAUCACUAGUCCCAUCCUAUCACCUCGAGAUGAUCGCUGGAGAGAGGAAAUUGAUCGAUUAGAAAAGGCUGAACUACAAAGAUGGAGUUCAAGAGAAAGUUUAGGCUUGUAUGCACUGAGUCCUGGAUGUGUACAGAAGGCAUCAGAAAAAUCUUCAAAUGCUACUCCGGCUAAUGCUCCAGAUCCUACACAGUCUCAGGCUCUCAAUUGCGUAGUUGACUUCAACCGGAGAUAUAUCGAAGUUGAUGAUGAACUAGUGUCAAUUAUCACUGAUAUAGAAGAUGAUGAGUUGGGAACAGCCACUGGUUAUCACAAUGCACUACCUCUGGAAGUCCAUGGGUCAGGAUACACACAGAUGCAUAUGAUAUCUAAUACCAAAGCUGAGAAACUGAUGGUGCCUGGUGUGCUUGUGAAACAGGUCAGCCUAGAUGUUGAGCAGUUUUGUCAUGAGAUGGCUCAAAGACUUUGUACUGAAGCAGGCAAGAAGUACUUCUUUUGCAAUGACUAUAAUGUUGAAAUUGUUGAUGUAUGUCCCAGCAGUGGAAAUAUAGUUGCCUUAGCCUCUGUGCUUGUUCAGGCAGCAACCAUGGUCAAGGGGCUUGGCAAGACAGUUCGAUCUCCACUCAGUUCUCUUACUCGAAAGCAAUACAAAACAACAGCAACAUUCAUUUUCAAUAUGGAUACCAAACAGUAUUAUCUUGUAGAUAAGGAACCGCUACUUGAAGAAGAUCCAUACAGCCUAGAGAAUAUGGAGGGAGAUGUAGGUGACGAGAGAUGGUGGCAGAGUGCACGACAAACAGCUCGCCAAUUACGAACUCAGUGGGCUGUACCAACAGAUUAUUAUUCAAGUGUAAAAGUUUUGACCAAUGAACCACUUUUAAAAGGUAAAUCACUGAACCACAUAAUGGAAGGACAGCACCUGGUAGCAUUAGUACUUGGUCCACACCAGCAAGGACUAUGAGAAAACCCGACUUUAUCAACAUAUAUUUUCAACUUGAGCAAGAGUGUAUGACAUUGCUGAACAUAUGCUUCCUCUUCCACGAUUUAGGUUUUUUCACAUUGCCAUUUUUUUUUUGCUCUGAUAAGGAAGCUGAAUGCUUAAUCUUCUUUUAAUGCCAACACUGUGAUUUGGAUUAGCAUAUACCAACUUGUUCUUUGGGAUAUCAUGCAUUUUAGCCAUUGCUGCCUUUUUUCAUGGUAGGAUGUUGAGAACAAGGCACUCUCUCCUAUUGUGCUAAUACCUUGGACCUGCAGAGUAAACUGUUAGCAAACAAGAAGAUUCAAAAUAAUAGACUUCUCACUGAUUUCACAGUACAUACCUGUGGCUAGUUUAUUUCAUGAAAUAUUAGGAGAAAAUCUCUCCAAACAACUUAGGUUGUAUCCAUUCAGAUUUAUACAUUGAGUACUUUAUCAUAAAUUCAUGUGUAGCUUCAGAUUUAAGUCCAAUUUGGUAAAAGAAUGAUGGCAGCCACUGGAGCUAUGAAGUUUUUUAAAGGAGUUGACUUACGGGCAUUUUUAAUGAAAGGAGAUCUAAGAAAUGAUUUUGAGUCCAAAAAAGAAGUUAAUAUGAUUUACAUUUCAGGUAAUUUAACAAGUUUAAUAACACAGCUUGACGUGAUUUAGGUUUAUUUAAUCUACAAGCCAAUCUCAGGUUAUUUGUUCUCUCUUGACAUUGUGAUUUAGUUUCCCUUUUUUGCUUGAUAAGUGCCUUUUAUCACUUCAAUGGUGGAUGUUUUGUGUCAUAUUCAAAUGCAACACAUUAGUGAUAAACCUGCAAAGAAGGUUGGUAGGUUUUCUGGGUUAACAAGUUUUAUUGUUCAGAACUAUUAUUUUAUCCAGUUUAUGGACUGUAGCGAGUUCAUUCUAUCUUUAUUGUCUUAAUUAUGAUCUUAUUUAUUUCUUUAAAAUGAUGAUAAUUGAUAUUGUUAUCAUUUGAUGCUCCUGAUGCUGCUUUACAAGUCUUCUAAGUAGAAUGUUGCUACAUGAUAGCUUAGUAUUGUGGAAGAUGAAUUUAGCAAUAUAUGAUAUGUGGCAUUUAUAAACAAAUGCAACCUAGGAUGGCUAAGUUAUAGCUCUUCUAAAUCAGGGAUCCCUCGUCACAAGCAGCAUAAGGCAUUCUCUGUAGGGAAGGGAAAUUAUCAUUCUUUCUGUAGUAUUUGGUUUAUGUAAUGCGAGUUUUCAAAAUCUAUUAUCAUUAGUUGCAGGAGCAAAAAGGUAUGUUGGAUUCAAUCUCUCUUUUUCAGAUUUGUUCACAUUCUUAUUUACUUUUUCUCCCUCCUGCUCUUCUGAGUUUGCCCUGUUUCCCUCUGUUCAUUUUUUACCUUUUUUUGUUUAUAUUUAUUUCCUUCUGAAGAAGUAAGAGCAGCUAACAUUAAGACCUCAGGGCACUUCAUAAACAGGGAUUUUGAUUUAACAUCAUCUUUUUUUCUGCAUUUCUGCUUGUUUUCACCACUUAUAGGAAAUGGCAUCUUUUGAGAAUCAUUCAAGCCAAUAUUAAUCAUGGCAGGAACAUGAUGAACACAGUGUAUUUCGUACACUAGAGAUGCAGUUGUUGCAAAACAGUGAAAAGAGCUUUGUCAUGAGAAUAUCCUGCUAAGUGGUUGCUGAUGAUAUAUGAAAACUUUUUUUUUUUUUUUUCUUCCUUAUGCUAAUGUGAUAGGCACUCAUAAUACUAAGAUUAUUUGAGAUUAAAGAAUAAGUUAAGCUGUGAUGCAGCCAUCACUCAAGAAUGAAAGUAGUGUAAGCAGUGAACGUUGAUGCUUUGGGAGACAAUGUAUGUGAUUUAUGGUUGUAAAUUAAGAGUAUGGAAGGCAGAUUUUGGGAAAGAGGGUUACUACACUCUUUCUUAAUCUUUCUGGAAUUAAUGUUAGAAAUUCUUAAAGUUUUUGUCUGUUAGCAGCACUCAUUUCAUGACAUGCUAACAAACACUUAUUUAUUAGAAAGCAGGAAAAUGUAUUUCAAAGUCACUGUUGCAUGCAGUUUUAGCUCAAGACAUCAACAGAAACUUGUUUGUUUUUCCUGUUGUAGGACUGUGUAUCUCAGAUGUCUGAGGAUAUAUUACUGAUGUGGAACUAAUGGUCCAAAAAGCAUUUUUAAGCUGUGUCCGUAUGUCCUUAGGAUUAGUACAGAAAAUAAUUACAGAAGAUUGAAGGAAUGUCUCUAGAUGGUUUUGAAUGUAAAGAUCUUCAGAUAUUCCUCAAACUGUGGACAUUUUUUCUUUUUUUCUCUCUGAAAUUCUUUCUUACAUCUUUUCAUUAUUUGUUAAGAUAACUAGGGUUAAAAAGGACUGAUGAGAUUGAAUCUUGACAUCUCACCUGUAGCCCAUAAUGGUGCUAGACUGAGAUUGCCUCCAGCUAUUUUUAUGGAUUGAAACAAAGAGAGAAAAAAAAGAACAUUUUUCCUUUUCCUAAUUUUAUUUAAUUUUCAUUAACCCAAUGCUGACAGGCAUGGCAUGUACAUGCCAUGCCCACUGUAUGUUUUCUUUAUUAUUUAUUUUUACACAUAGAUGGCUACACUGAUACGAAGUCACCAAGGAGCCAAUUAUUAGUACUGUCUGUCUCGCCCUUUUACCCUUUUCCUUGAUUUACAAAAAUAUUUUAUGUUAUCUUAUUUUGCUGUUAUUAAUGUUAAUGACAUUAUAGUAAUUAUAAUGUCUAUAAAUAAAAUAACACCAUCAAUAUUCACAGCAUUAGUAAAAUAUGUUUUGCUUGCCAAUUCAAGGAAAGGUGAAAUCGGGUAAGGUCACAAGGCUUACUAAUUGACCCCUUUGUACUAAGCACUAGCAGAGCCACCUAUAUGCAGUGACAUUUCACACACACAAAAAGCAAAAUUAUUAUAAUAAUAAUAAACAAUGAGCACAGCAUAUUCCCCGGCGGCAUUGGGUUAAUUUAUCUUUUCCCUAAUAUGCGCUCUUCUUGAUUGUGCGGGUACUAAGGUGGGACGUACAAGAUUUCCUUCAACCCCUCCCCCCCCCCCUUUUUUUUUUUCAUUUGAUUAUAUUUUAUUGAUACCAUUUUCAUAGUCAGUGACAUUCCACAUGUAAAUGAUUUAAAUAGCUUUGUAUAGUAUGUGGCUGAGUUCUUCAUUCUUUCCUUUUCAUGUCUCCUUUUUAUACAGUAUUUUGAUAUAUUGCUAUACUGCUACAGUGACUAUACUGAAGGUUAUUUUCUUGGACUUGGUGAUGCUAGAAAGCCAGAAGCUCCUCCUGUUGAUUUCCACAUUGUUUCUGGUAUUGAUAGAUGAAGUAAUUCUUAUUUACUCACCACCAUUCUUCCCCCUUCCCCCCCAUGGUAUACUUUUCCAGUAUGAAUACUUUGCACACAAUAUAUAAAUAUGUAUAUUUUGUGAGACCUUCAUCAGCAUUAUUAGAAAAAUGUUCUGAUUCAUUAUUCAGAAAUGAUGUACUUUUAGUCUAGAGAUGUUAUAGGUUGUGAUCAUUAUUAUUUUAAUGAAUUUGAUCUGCAUCAGUGGAUUUCCUUUCCUCUUCGUUAGCUGAUUUAGGUAUAUAUAUGCUGGACAGAUUCAGUAGUAUAUAUACUAAAUAUCCUUAAUAUUCUGUAUAUUGCAUACUUUGACAGAAAUAUUUUGAACAUAUAAUAUGCUUUGUAAGGGGACAAUAUGACAUGUUUUUUUAUACAGUACAUAAAGCAUAAUCUGUUCAUUUGUUUAAAACUUUGAUACAUGUUUCUUUGAAGCAGUUGAUGGUGGCCAUGUAAUUUUACUCAGGGUAUGUUUAUUUUAUAUGCAUUAUUACCUUUAGUUAUGUGUUUUUUUUUUUUUUUUUUUUUUUUUUUUUUUUUUUUUUUUUUUUUUUUUUUUUGAUAGGAUACUUUUUACCCAUGUUCCCAAUAAGAUAUACAUGUACUAUUAAUUGUUUCAUGGCUAUGACAUUUUCUUCAUUUCAGAUUAAUGUAGGACUUCUUGUCGAUGUUAUUAUUUUUGUUCAUUUUCGCAAAAGGAAAAUAGAUGGACCAAGUUUUUGGCAAAUUGUCAAGGCUGGACUUUUUUCUUUUACUUCUUCCUUUUCUUCUAAUCCAGAAUUAAUUUUCAAUAAGAAAAACAGUAAAACAACAACAACAACAGUUAAGGUCUUGUUUUCGCAUGA